AUGGAAGAAGACAAAAAGAAGAAGAAGAUAAACGAAGAAGAAGAGGAGGCAAGCGCAACCAAGAAUCUUCCUGAGGACGUCAUACCGGACAUACUUUCAAGGCUUCCGGUCAAGUCUCUUCUAAGAUUCAGGUGCGUAUGCAAACCCUGGUGUGAUCUUAUAACCGAUCCUGCUUUCGUCAAAAUGCACCUCAACCGAUCCCUUGCAUGCAAUAGCAACCUCAGCCUCAUUUUCAAAUAUCCCAAUCUCUUAUCUAUGGAUUUAGAUGUUUGCGAACAACAAAAGGCAGUAGAACUCGAUCAUCCGCUUAAGUCUCCAAAUAACGGAACCAAAGUAGUGGGUUCAUGCAAUGGUUUACUCUGUUUAUUCAAUUCUGAUAAGGACAUAUGCCUCUGGAAUCCUUCUACCAAAAGGCAUCAAAAGCUGCCCAUUACACCUAUAGAGUUUCCCAUCACAUUUACCCUUUACCGUUACAUUGCUUACGGAUUUGGUUACGACCCAACCACCGAAGAUUACAAACUGGUAAGGGUUGUGCGGUCCUAUGGUAUCGAUGACUACUCUGGCAAUAUAGAGGUUAAAGUCUACUCACUUAGCACCAAUUCAUGGAGAAGAAUCGGGGACUUGCCAUUCCAUCACACCUACAUUUAUGGAUUUGGGCUUCUUGCAAAUUCUGCUCUUCACUGGGUUGACACCGACUCCAAGUUUAUCGUUUCCUUUGACAUUAAAGAUGAGGAGUUUGGAGGGGUGCCACUGCCUGACUUUGUGCAGGAUGAGUUUUCUUGGAAUGUUGGGGUUCUUGGAGGACAACUCUGCUUGGUUUGUAGGUUCUUUGGUGUCUGUGUUGAGGUUUGGAUGAUGAAGGAUUACGGCGUGAGCUAUUCCUGGGAGAAACUGUUCUCUAUCCAACAUCUAUGGGUGACAACGUCUCAUGAUUACAUCAUGCCUAUAUGUUAUUCAAAGAAUGGUGAAGUUAUACUCCAGCAUUAUUCAGAAGCACUGAUCUUGUAUGAUCCCCACGGAGAUAGGGUUAGGUUUCUAGGAAUUCAUGGUGCUCCAGAUCCAGAGAAGAGUAGAACACAGAUAUGCGUUGGGAGUCUCGUUCCACUCAAUGCCAAAGAUGGAACUAAACAACCAAAAAGGAAGAAAAGAGCUGAUGUUGGACAUGUGGAGCUGUUGUGA